AUGUCUUGGAAGAGAAAUUAUUUUUCAGGGGGCCGCGGUAGUGUCCAAGGGAUGUUUGCACCUCGAAGCUCAACCUCUAUAGCCCCCAGCAAAGGCCUCAGCAAUGAGCCAGGACAAAACAGCUGCUUCCUCAAUAGUGCCUUGCAGGUUUUAUGGCACUUGGACAUUUUCCGACGCAGCUUUAGGCAGCUCACUACUCACAAAUGCAUGGGAGAUUCCUGCAUCUUUUGUGCUCUCAAGGGAAUCUUUAACCAGUUUCAAUGCAGUAGUGAAAAAGUCCUUCCGUCCGACACUCUCCGCAGUGCUCUGGCAAAGACUUUCCAGGAUGAACAGCGCUUCCAGCUGGGAAUUAUGGAUGAUGCUGCGGAGUGCUUUGAAAACCUGCUGAUGAGAAUUCACUUCCAUAUUGCUGACGAAACCAAAGAGGAUAUAUGUACUGCCCAACACUGCAUCUCCCACCAGAAAUUUGCAAUGACAUUGUUUGAGCAGUGUGUAUGUACUAGCUGUGGCGCCACGUCUGAUCCGCUGCCUUUCAUCCAGAUGGUGCAUUACAUCUCUACCACUUCCCUCUGCAAUCAGGCUAUUUGUAUGCUGGAAAAACGAGAAAAACCCUCCCCAAGCAUGUUUGGUGAGUUGCUGCAGAAUGCCAGCACCAUGGGGGAUCUCCGGAACUGUCCGAGCAACUGUGGAGAGCGGAUUCGGAUUCGCCGUGUGCUGAUGAAUGCUCCACAGAUUAUCACAAUUGGACUGGUAUGGGACUCAGACCAUUCAGACUUGGCAGAGGAUGUCAUUCAUAGCCUGGGUACCUGCCUUAAGUUGGGAGAUCUAUUUUUCAGAGUGACAGAUGACCGGGCCAAGAAGUCUGAACUGUACUUAGUAGGAAUGAUCUGCUACUACGGCAAACAUUAUUCUACAUUCUUUUUCCAAACAAAGAUCCGCAAAUGGAUGUAUUUUGAUGAUGCUCAUGUCAAGGAGAUUGGGCCCAAAUGGAAGGAUGUGGUGACCAAAUGCAUCAAGGGGCAUUACCAGCCGUUGCUGCUGCUUUAUGCAGACCCGCAGGGUACCCCAGUGUCCACCCAGGACCUGCCUCCCCAAGUUGAAUUCCAGUCAUACGGCAGGAUGUGCUACGACAGUGAAGAUUCAGGGAGGGAGCCCUCCAUCUCAAGUGACACCCGAACAGAUUCCUCAACGGAGAGUUAUCCCUACAAAUACUCCCACCACCCGUCUGUGGUCAGUCACUUCUCUUCUGAGUCUCAGGGGACAGUCAUCUAUAAUGUGGAGAAUGAUUCCACGUCUCAGAGCAGUCGGGACACAGGGCACCUGACUGAUAGCGAAUGUAAUCAGAAACUCACAUCCAAGAAAGGGUCGCUGAUAGAGCGCAAGAGGAGCUCUGGCCGGCUGAGGAGGAAAGGCGAUGAGCCACAGGCCUCAGGGUACCACAGCGAAGGAGAAACACUGAAAGAGAAGCAGGCUCCUAGGAAUGCCUCUAAACCAUCCAGCAGCACCAACAGACUAAGGGAUUUUAAAGAGACAGUCAGCAAUAUGAUCCAUAACAGACCAUCCCUGGCUUCUCAGACCAACCUAGGGUCUCCCUGUGGGGGGAAAGGAGGAGACCAGAUGGACAAAAAACCUCCCAAGAACCUGCUUUUAAACUCUCAUGACUGGGAAGUAGAGAGUACUAGCAGUGAGUCAAAAUCCAGUUCUUCUAGCAAGUAUCGUCCAACAUGGAGACCCAAACGAGAGUCUCUGAAUAUUGACAGUAUCUUUAGUAAAGACAAAAGGAAGCACUGUGGUUAUACUCAGCUCAGCCCAUUUUCUGAAGAUUCAGCUAAAGAAUUUACAUCAGAUGACCUAAGCAAGCCACCUACUUACGACCUUAAAACUGGUGGACCAAGCCCCCAAUACAAGCCUUGGGGCCCAGCACGGCCAGGCUCUUACCUGUUAGAGCAGCACCCUCGCCUUAUCCAGCGAAUGGAAUCUGGCUAUGAGAGCAGUGAGAGGAACAGCAGCAGCCCUGUCAGCCUGGAUGCAGCCCUGCCUGAGAGCUCCAGUGUCUGGAGGGAUCCAAGUGCUAAGAGAGCAGCUGGGUUAGCACCUUCCUGGCGUCACAUCCCAAAAUCUCACAGCAGUAGCAUCCUGGAGGCGGACUCCAGGAGUGUCUGGACAAGGAAUCAGACCCUAUCAGGUGGGGAGACACCUGCCAAAAGUGAACUGGAUGAACUGCAGGAAGAGGUGGCCAGGAGGGCCCAGGAACAGGAACUUCGAAAGAAACAAGAGAAGGAAUUAGAGGCAGCCAAAGGGUUUAACCCUCAUCCCAGCCGCUUCAUGGACUUGGAUGAACUGCAGAAUCAGGGGAGGAGUGACGGCUUUGAGAGGUCCCUGAAGGAGGCAGAUUCAGUAUUUGAAGAGUCACUUCAUCUGGAACAGAAGGGAGACUGUGCUGCAGCCUUGGCUCUCUGUAACGAAGCCAUCUCUAAACUAAGACUUGCCCUGCAUGGUGCCAGCUCUAGCACGCACAGCAGAGCCCUAGUCGAUAAGAAGUUGCAAAUCAGUAUUCGAAAAGCACGGAGCCUGCAGGAUCGCAUGCAGCAGCAGCAAUCAUCGCAGCAGCCGCCGCAGCCCUCAGCCUGCCUCCCCUCACAGGCCGGGGCCCUCCCUCAGCCAACAAGUGAACAGCCUAUCCCGCUCCAAGUAUUGUUAACCCGGGAGGCCCAGCUGGAACCCUACACGAGCACCGAGUUUGGGGCCAGUUCUUUCGUCUACUCACCUGCUUCCUGCCAUGAGUCGCACUCAUCACUGUUCUCAGAGUCAUCUGCCCUCUCUGCCCCACAACGUAACUCCCCCAGUAGGACUGCCUCAAACCUUCCUAAUGCAGCUGAGGUAGAUAGCAUUGAUCCCUCUGUGUUCCACAGGCAGGGCUUACCUAAAACACCAGGGAGGACUGAGAAGAACUCUCAUCAUGCUUGGGAACCAUUGGAUGUACAAGAGGGAAAGCUGCAAGGCUACAGGGAUGACAACAGCAGCUGCAACAGGUUCCCCCCUCAAGAAGGAAGAGGCAUUGAUCAAGAAGAGCUAUUUCAAGAAAAGAGGGAUACUGCUGACUCAUCCCAGGCGAUGGCUUGGUCACAUCCAACUGGAACAGCUGGGUGUGAGAGAGGAGAUGCACACACCCUAGGCUGUAGUCCUGCAAGUUCAUCAGCUCAGCCUGGCCUCCCCCUUUACAGAGCCUGCCACCCUAUAACGCCUGCUGCUUCCUCAUCUGCAUUUCACUCUCCUGAUAUUGUGCAGAAAACUAAUCAAUGCCUCCAAGCCAAAAGCCUCACAACUUCGUUGACGUCAAAAGUGGACGGAAGCAGUGAGGAGCCCUGUAGGCCAGAGUUUCCGGGCACAAAGGGGCUUGUUCGCUCUCUGACAGAACAGUUCCAAAGGAUGCAAGGCACCACCACCAGGGAUGGCACAGGCUCCCAGGACAGAAGUGUUCCAAAUAGUCGAAAGAAGAACCCUCCUCCUUCUGACUCUCAGCCUCCUUUUCCACAAGGUCAAGGGAAAGGCCAUUGGCCUCGGGCUAAACAGCAACCCUCUCUGGAUGGUAGGGACAGACUGCCUUCCCGGGAAGAAACUCCUGAUCAUCCUUCCCUUGUGAUGAACUCUGGGCUACCUAAUGGUGAAACUUCUUGGGGAGGACAACCCAGGUUGGCAGAGCCAGAUAUGUACCAAAGGAAGCCAUCUCAAGUAAGAGAUGCUAGGCCUAAGGAGUCAGGAGGCGAUGUUGACUUGGGGCCUCCCUUGUCUUUGGAUUCCUGGGUGAAUGUCACAAGGCUCUGUGAUUCUCAGCUUAAACAUGGGGCCCCUGGGCCAGAAACAAAAUCCUCCCCAAACAAUCCCCGUACUUAUGUAGCCUGUCCAGACAGAAACCACAUCUUUUUUCAUCCACAUUGGAACCAAGAUACAGAGCAGGAGACCUCAGAAUUGGAGUCUCUCUACCAGGCCAGCCUUCAGGCUUCUCAAGCAGGCUGGUCUGGAUGGGGGCAGCAGGACGUGGCCUGGCAUCCACCUAGCCAAACAGGCUCUGCAGAUGACGUGGGAAGGAGGUUGCACUCAGCCCCUGGCCUUGGUCUCUCAAAGACCCCAACAGCAGAAAUGGAGCAGAGUCUCCAUGAAGCCAGCAUAGUGCCUGCUUCUCAGGAUUCAUCAAACGCAAGGAAAAAGGCUUUGGAAACCGGGCACCGUUGUUCCAGCUCCUCUUCCCUCCCUGUCACUCAUGACCCUCCUGUGUUUCUCCUUGGUCCCCAGCUCUACCCACCCCAUCCACAGCUCCUGUCCCCAGAAGUCUUGAUGCCAAGCAUAGCAGGGGAGCCCCAUAGACCCCCAGGAACUUCAAGGAAUGUCCAGCCGUUUCUGGCUAUGUGUGACAGGGGUGAAACUCCCCAAGGGGUCAAGUACACAGGAACAACUUUGAACUACCGGAGUCUUCCCCAUCGUAACAGAACAGAUGCCUCUUGGGGACUGUGGUCGGAGGCCAACCAGCAUAUUGGGGCUAGAUUCCUGACUACAACAGGGUACAGGCCUCAGCCAACCCACUCUGCCACACUACCUGAAAGACACCAGGGUCAUCAUGUUCCUCAUGCUCAGUCAUGGGGAGAUCUUUCCCAUUCAUCCUCCCCCGCUCCCAUUGUUCACCCUGUGCCCCCACCACUAAGCAGUCUUCACGUUCCCCUGAGGUCAGCUUGGAAUUUGGGUCCUGUCCCAGGGUCUCGAUCCCCUGGUCCUCGGAGAGUCGAUAUGCCCCCAGAUGAUGACUGGAGGCAAAACAGUUACACCCCACAAUCUGGGCACAGGAGGACGGGGGGACAGGAGUUUCUGUAUGUUCUAGCAGACGCCCCUCGAAGAGAGCAGUUCAGGGCCAGAGCCCUGCAGCACAGCAGGUGGUAA